UUCUCGCUUUCGUCAAAACCAAUCCGAGAUGGGGUAUAUUCAAUGCGAGUCCUCACGAGCUGGAUUUUCAGCUGAGUGGGUUUGAUGAAGCUAUAUAAACAAACAAUAGAUAGGUAAGUUCUGAUUAAAAAUUAGCAUCUCAAAUUCUCAACUCAUAAUAAUCCUCGUGCUUCACCUGCAAUUUAUUCCUAUACUUCUCUGUAUACUCUGCCUCGCUACUCAAGAUGGCCCUAACUGAGCGGGAUAACAUCUCUGUCGCUGAGAUUGUUAUUUAUGUACCAGCACUAUUCAUUGCAAUAUGGCUUUCUAUACGCCACGGGUUUGGCCGUAACUCGGGAUGGCUCUAUUUGAUUAUCUUCUCAUUAGCUCGCAUCAUCGGAGCAGCAAUGCAACUAGCUACUAUCCCGGAUCCUACCAAUCUUAGUCUUCGCGUCGGAGCGGCAACUUUACAAAACAUUGGCCUAUCGCCUCUAAUCAUGGUCCAACUGGCCUUAAUUGGACGAGCUGCUGGAAGUAUCAGGAAGUCAACAACAUGUUUCGUGACCGAAAAACGAGUCCGCCUCAUCCAGCUUCUUGUCCUUGUGGGCUUAAUCCUAGGCGCAGUCGGUGGCAGCCAAUCCGGACAGAGCCUUGCCAACACGGGAAAAUUCACCGUCUCGAGUCUCUCACAGGCCGGCACGGGCCUGAUGAUCGCCGCGUAUGUCUUGCUGGCCUUUUCGACUGCUCUCGUCGCAAUGCAGAUGUCACAUAUGGAACUGGGAGAGAAGCGAUUGGUUUUGGCCGUAGGCGUCUCUCUCCCCUUCAUCCUCGUUCGACUAGUCUACUCGGCAGAAUCCCUGUAUGGACACAAUCCGGCCUUUAACCAAGUGACGGGAGACGUCAAUAUCCAGCUUGGAAUGUCCGUCAUCAUGGAGAUGAUCGUCGUUACCAUUGUUGAGAGCAUUGGAAUGACUUUGCAUAAGAUCUCAAAAACUGCAGCUCAGCAGACGGAAGCCGAUUACGAAAUGGGACCACACAAAUAAAUCUCGGUGCCGGCAUCAUUUUGGAGGAGUGUAUAAAAUACUAUAUCGAUAUAGA